UAGAUUUCUAGAAAAAAAACAUAACAUCCUUUGCUUGAGCUGCCAAAGCUUUAUUUGGGAUAAUUUUUUCAAAAUUUUAGCUUCCCAGAUCCAUACAGGGACCCCCAAAAACGGGGGCUUGGGGAACAGAGUCUUCAGGGAUGUUGGAGGAGGUCCUGCCGAAGUAUGUUGUGUGACGACGACAACGUUGUUAAGAAACAAAUACUCUGCCGCUGCGGAAACUGUUGCCUUCGAGACCCCGACACUAAGCCCUGGUUAACCUUUCCUCCGUCUUUAAUGAUGGCCGAUCCCCACAAGGACAAGAGCGCCGAAGACCCGGCAGGUAUCAGUCGUCGCAACUCCUCCCGCACCAUUCAGUCAAUGGAGAGUGUGUACACCAUUUCGGAAUCUCAUCCGGGCGAAUCCUAUCAAACGAGGAACUACGAUGACACCGACGCGCAUGCCUUCGAUGCCCAGCGCUCCGUUAGCCCGGGUGAGCUGCUCGGGGCAGACCAUGUUUCGACUGCACCAUCAGCAGCACCAGGGGCCCAACCGCCUCAGGCACCGACCCAGCCCACCAUCCUGCUGAUAGUCGUCAACAAGCCAGAACCACCGUAUCCGGGAAGAGGUUAUCCAGGUCCUGGUGGAUACAGGGGCUAUCCUGGUCAGGACGGAUAUCCUAACAGUUAUUACCAACCACCGCCUAGAAACGGAGUAAGAAGAUGUCCUCCAGGACCUGCCUACCCACAAAACCCCGUUCGCUACAAUGAUCGCGUUCCUAACCAAAAUCGUAAGAAAAUCCGCAGUGAUGGUUAUCGAAAUGGGGGAAAUGGGAAUGUAAGCUCGAACCGCAGACGCGUAUGUCGAUGUGACAAGGGGAAUCAGAAUCCUGUCGAUAAGGAUGGAACGGAGGGUCAGGGUGAAACUUGUAACUGCGUAAGUGAUGAGGAUUAUUCAAUGCAAAGUAAUGAGCCACAUCCCAGAGUCUGCGAGUGCACUGAUUCGGAGGAUGGACAUCAUGGAGGACACGGAGAAUUCGGGGGCACGCCACCAAAUACGAUGAAUGAUGGGAUGAGUAACAAUGAGGGAGAUGAGGACGGGGUGCGAUGGAAUCCCAACAUUCAGCGGUAUCAGGAUCAAAGGAAUGUGGUUGUAGCUGAUAAGAAUAAGACGGCAUAUCGGUGUAUUACAGUGCCCAUCUGCAUUACGACUGGGAAGCAAGGAUGCUGCCAGUGCUGCAAGUGUGCCGUCGCUCGAAACCCUAACGAGGAUGAUGUCUACGAGGAAAAGGAGUGCACCUGCAAUCCCCAGGGCAAGUGCAAUUGUGUGAAAGACGAUGGACUUGGGGAGGAGUUCGGCUGCGAGUGCGAUCUCACCAACCUGGAGCGCCUCCUGCGCGAACUGCUCCCCGAUUCCUAUUGCAAGUGCUUCCUGAGGAAGCGACGUCGCAGGCGCAGGAAGAAAUGGGCUCCCAAGAAGUUCUAUGAUCGGUUUGCCAGUCCCCCGUUUGUCAUAAAUCCCAUACCCAAAUGCAAUCCUUGUUGCUAUCCUUCGUGCUCUCCUGGAAACUGCUUCCCAUGUUUCAACAAUUGUGGAUGGUAAUUCGGAAUAUGUGUUUGGGGCUUAAGGAGUCUGUUG